GUAGAGCGACACUCUGCUGAGCAGCCUCACGGUGCGAGAGACGCUGCGCUACACCGCGCUGCUGGCCGUCCGCCGCUCGCCCGGCGUCCUGGAGAAGAAGGUGGAAGCAGUCAUGGCGGAGCUGAGUCUGAGCCACGUGGCAGACCAACUGAUCGGCAACUACAACAUGGGGGGCAUUUCCAGUGGUGAGCGGCGCCGGGUCUCCAUUGCAGCCCAGCUCCUCCAGGACCCCAAGGUCAUGCUGUUCGACGAGCCGACCACAGGCCUGGACUGCAUGACUGCGAAUCAGAUCGUCGUCCUCCUAGCAGAGCUGGCCCGCAGGGACCGCAUUGUGAUCCUCACCAUCCACCAGCCCCGCUCUGAGCUCUUCAAGCUCUUUGACAAAAUCGCCAUCCUGAGCUGCGGAGAGCUGGUUUUCUGCGGUACUCCAGUGGAAAUGCUUGAUUUCUUCAAUGGCUGCGGCUACCCUUGUCCUGAACACUCAAACCCUUUUGACUUCUAUAUGGACCUGACAUCAGUGGAUACCCAAAGCAAAGAACGAGAAAUAGAAACCUACAAGAGAGUCCAGAUGAUUGAAUCUGCCUAUAAAGAAUCAGCAAUUUGUCGCAGAACUUUGGAGAACAUUGAAAGAACAAAACAUCUGAAGACAUUACCAAUGGUUCCUUUCAAAACCAAAGAUUCUCCUGGAGCGCUCUGUAAACUGGGUGUUCUCUUGAGGAGAGUCAUGAGAAACUUACUGAGAAAUAAAUUGGCAGUGAUUAUGCGUCUUGUUCAGAAUCUGAUCAUGGGUUUGUUCGUCAUUUUCUACCUCCUACGGCUCCAGAAUGAUAUGGAAAAGGGUGCUAUCCAGGACCGUGUGGGUCUCCUCUACCAGUUCGUGGGUGCCACCCCGUACACAGGCAUGCUCAAUGCUGUGACUCUGUUUCCUGUGCUGCGGGCCGUCAGUGACCAGGAGAGCCAGGACGGCCUGUACCAGAAAUGGCAGAUGCUGCUGGCCUACAUGCUGCACCUCCUCCCCUUCAGCAUCAUUGCCACCCUGAUGUUCAGCAGUGUGUGCUACUGGACUCUGGGCUUAUACCCCGAGGCUGCCAGAUUUGGAUAUUUUUGUGCUGCUCUCUUGGUCCCUCACUUAAUUGGAGAAUUUGUGUCUCUUGUGCUACUUGGUAUAGUCCAGAACCCAAAUGUAGUCAACAGUAUAGUGGCUCUACUGUCUAUUGCUGGCGUGCUUAUUGGAUCUGGAUUCCUCAGGAACAUAGAAGAAAUGCCCAUUCCUUUGAAAAUCAUCAGUUAUUUUACAUUCCAAAAAUAUUGCAGUGAGAUUCUUGUAGUCAAUGAGUUCUAUGGACUGAAUUUUACCUGUGGAAGCUCAAAUCAUUCUGUGGCAGCUAAUCCAAUGUGUACCAUCACUCAAGGAAUUCAAUUCAUUGAGAGAACGUGCCCAGGUGCAACAUCAAGAUUCACAACAAACUUUCUGGUUUUAUAUGCAUUUAUCCCAGUUCUUGUCAUCCUAGGAAUAGUUGUUUUCAAAAUAAGGGAUCAUCUCAUUAGCAGAUAGUAAAGAACAUUGCUGGGAAAUGGAACAUAAGUUGCUAGAUAUGCAAGACUGCUUUGAAGAUCCGAAAGAAGAAUGCCAUGUGUUUCUUUCUUGAUAGAUCAUCUUAAAUCUUUCAAUCGUGCAGACUGCAUUUGUGCCCCGUGGAUCCACACAGGCCUUGAAGGCCAUGGGUAUCGUUCAUUGUCCCCUGCUAUUCCAACUUGCAGGGACACACAGUAUUUAGAAACUGUGACAAGACUGGAAUAGGAAUGUAAAUAGUAAUUCACAAACGUAUGGGAGUCUCUUUUGACUACUCAUUUUCCUUGUUCUAGACAAAGAAAAACAUAUUUUAAAACUUAUGUUUAUAUUUGAUAAAGGAUUCAAGGAAAAAAAA